AUGAUAGUACCCCUUUCCCUGUACUGCCACGAUAAUGGCAACAUUGCCAUCUGGGACAUCCGCAAGGGCCAGAAGGUGGUUGACUCUGGCACGGAUCACAGCGCUGGUAUCAACGACAUGCAGUUGAGCAAGGAUGGCACCAUGUUUGUCACCGCCUCCAAGGACACCACCGCCAAAUUGUUCGAUUCUCAGUCUCUUAUAUGCCUAUGCCAUGCCAAGGCUGGAAAGUUCGACUCGCGUUUCUUCCAUCUAAUAUACGAGGAGGAGUUCGCCCGACUCAAUGGCCAUUUCGGACCCAUCAACAGUUUGGCCUUCCAUCCGGACGGCAAGAGUUAUGCCUCGGGCGGAGAAGAUGGUUUCAGCCACGAUAAUGGCAACAUUGCCAUCUGGGACAUCCGCAAGGGCCAGAAGGUGGUUGACUCUGGCACGGAUCACAGCGCUGGUAUCAACGACAUGCAGUUGAGCAAGGAUGGCACCAUGUUUGUCACCGCCUCCAAGGACACCACCGCCAAAUUGUUCGAUUCUCAGUCUCUUAUAUGCCUAUGCCAUGCCAAGGCUGGAAAGUUCGACUCGCGUUUCUUCCAUCUAAUAUACGAGGAGGAGUUCGCCCGACUCAAUGGCCAUUUCGGACCCAUCAACAGUUUGGCCUUCCAUCCGGACGGCAAGAGUUAUGCCUCGGGCGGAGAAGAUGGUUUCGUGCGUGUCCAGUCAUUCGAUAGUAACUACUUUGAGAACAUCUUCAAGUAG